CAUGCAUACCUCUGCCUGAACACUUUCUACGCGACUCGAGGAAGGAGGGCUUGUGCAAUUGGUUGACAAGAGCGCAGUGCGCUGACUGUCCUCAAAACAACGAGAGGCUGACUGCUUAGUCGUUAUGGAUUUAAAUGACCUGUAAGCAGGAUCAGCAGGUUGGACAGGACAUCCUUACACUAUUUCAUCCAUUGCAGUGUAAAGAGAGCAUGUUUACAUGCUGCAGUGAUGUGGACUGGUUGGACCCGGCAAGGUAGAGCCCACCUGACCCACGACCCAGACCCAUCAGAAGACCCUCUCCAAGAGCCUGGUCAGUAGUCUGGAGAAGCCAUGGAGAGGAAUGAGAGGUCCACCCCCGUCCCUGGCAAAGAGAAAGAGGUGGAUAUCAUCAAUAUCAAGGGCAUCGAGGACAUAGGCUAUGUUCAGCCGGAUUCCAUACUCCUGAACUGCCUGACACCUGAGGAGAACACAGGAUGUCAGCAUGGCCUGUACUUCCAGGAUGGAGAGAGACGGGUGGACUACAUCCUCACCUACCACAUCAAAAAGCCCAGCAGCUCGCGCUCCAACCGACAGUCCUCCCGCUUCACUGACAACGCCUUCACACGGAGCCUCCGCCGUGGGACAGCCAGGCUGGGACGAGCGCCACCCCCUCAACCCAGAGGUGACCCGGAGGUGGCCUCCCAAGACCACAGCAUGGACUACCACGUGGACGACAAGCGCCUUCACCGGGAGGAGUUUGAGGGCAACCUGAGGGAUAUGGGCAUGGAGCUGGAGAAGGAUGAGGAUACUAAAACUCCAGGUGUGGGCUUUGUGAAGAUUCAUGCUCCAUGGCAUGUGCUCUGUCGAGAGGCGGAGUUUAUGAAGCUCAAGAUGCCCACGAAAAAAGUAUAUGAAAUGAAGCAGAGUACGGGUGUUGGGGCGAAGAUCAACACAUUGGUAAACAAAGUGACAGAACCUCUCUAUCCCAACGUGGAGGAUAACAGGACACAAAAUAUUAAGCAUCUCUCCUACAUGUUCUCCAGAGAAAAACAACACCUGUUUGAUUUAUCAGACAGAGACUCCUUCUUUGACAGUAAAACACGAGCUUCAAUAGUUUUCGAAGUAUUGAAACGUACAAAAUGCACAAAGGCUAAGUAUAGUAUGGGGUUCACCAGCCUACUAGGGAGUGGAGUCUACACAGAUGCAUAUCCACUACAUGAUGGAGAUUUGGAUGGUGAAAACGUUGAACCCAAUGAUAGGAAGCUCUUGUAUGAGGAGUGGGCGAGUUACAGUGUAUUUUACAAAUACCAGCCUAUCGGGCUAGUAAGGAAGUACUUUGGGGAGAAGAUAGGGCUGUACUUUGCGUGGCUGGGGCUGUACACCCAAAUGCUGAUCCCUGCUUCUCUAGUGGGAGUCAUCGUGUUCCUGUACGGCUGUGCCACCGUAGACGACAACAUUCCCAGCAUGGAGAUCUGCCACCCCAAGAACAACAUCACCAUGUGCCCGCUUUGUGACAGAGCCUGUAGUUACUGGAAACUGAAGGAAGCCUGCGGGACGGCCCGGGCCAGCCACCUCUUUGACAACCCUGCCACCGUCUUCUUCUCCAUCUUCAUGGCCCUCUGGGCUGCCAUGUUCAUGGAGCACUGGAAGAGAAGACAGAUGCGUCUCAACUAUGAAUGGGAUCUGACAGGCUUCGAGGAGGAGGAGGAAGAGCUGAAGGACCACCCACGAGCAGAGUACGAGCUCCGAGUCAUGCAGAAGUCCCUGAAGAAAGAACACAAGACACAGAAGAACCCUACAGAGAUAGCAGAAGAAACCACAAACAAAUGGAAGCAAACAGUUCAAUCUGCCAUGGCUGGGCUUCAACUGACAGAAAAAGAAAAGCUGACGUGCAGAGACCGGUUACCAGCGUACAUGACCAACGUAGUCAUGAUGCUUCUGAUGAUCGGGGUAACGUUUGCCAUAGUGUUCGGAGUUAUCCUUUACCGGAUAUCCACCAAGACAGCGCUGCACAUGAGCAACAACCCCACCACGCGGUCCAACGUCCGUCUGACGGUCAAAACCACCGCUGCCAUCAUCAACCUGGUGGUCAUUCUGAUCCUAGACGAGGUGUACGGAGCUGUCGCCCGCUGGCUCACUGUCCUCGAGGUUCCAAAGACAGACAAGAGCUUUGAGGAGAGAUUGAUAUUCAAAACGUUCAUCCUGAAGUUUGUGAAUGCCUUUACCCCCAUCAUAUACAUAGCAUUUUUCAGAGGCAGGCUUGUUGGUCGACCUGGAAGUUAUCUUUAUGUGUUUGAGUCGUAUCGAAUGGAAGAGUGUGCUCAUGGAGGAUGUCUGAUGGAGUUGUGUAUUCAGCUCAGUAUCACCAUGUUGGGAAAGCAACUCAUCCAGAACAAUUUAUUUGAGAUUGGCAUUCCGAAGCUGAAGAAGCUGAUAAGGUACAUCAAGUCCAAGAGAAGGUCCUUCCAGGAAGAGGAGAGAGAGAAGAAGUUACAGCGCUAUGAGACGGACCACUUCCUAGAGCCCUUCGCAGGCCUCACGCCAGAGUACAUGGAGAUGAUAAUCCAGUUUGGGUUUGUGACCCUGUUCGUGGCAUCGUUCCCGCUGGCCCCACUUUUCGCCCUCCUUAACAACAUCAUCGAGAUACGAUUGGAUGCCAAGAAGUUUGUGGCCGAGCUCAGGAGGCCGGUCGCCGCAAGGGCAAAAGACAUUGGAAUAUGGUACAACCUUCUCCGAGCUGUGGCUAAAGUGGCCGUCAUCAUAAACGCGUUUGUGAUCUCCUUCACGUCAGACUUCAUCCCGAGGCUGGUCUACCAGUACAUGUACAGCCCAGAUGGCUCCAUGCACGACUUCGUCAACCACACCCUGUCCUACUUCAACGUGAGCAACUUCCAGGACGGUAAAGAACCUAUGGACCCACAGCAUCAGGUGGAGAUGUGUAGGUAUAAAGACUACAGGGAGCCCCCAUGGUCCAACACACCCUACGUCAUCUCUAAAGAGUUCUGGGCGGUCCUGGCUGCCAGACUGGCCUUCGUCAUAGUCUUCCAGAACGUGGUGAUGCUGAUGAGUGACAUCGUGGACUGGCUGAUCCCAGACAUCCCUAAAGACAUCAGCCUUCAGAUCCACAAGGAGAAGAUCCUGAUGGUGGAGCUGUUCAUGAAGGAGGAACAAGGCAAGAUUCAGUUCAUAGACAGCAUGAUACCUUGUGGUGGCAAGGAAAAGCACAACAACCAUGCCCCUAUAGCCCGCUCGCGCUCCAUCCCACACACACACAGUCAUACACACGCCAACAACUUCUAGCAGCUACUGUAAGGUGUAGCCUAGCUAACCAGGCAAAGGGUUACUACUGUCUGUAUCCUUAUCCUUGUCCAGACAUUCCAUAGAAAGGGAGAGGUGCUCCCUACAAGAUGUUGUUGAGGCCCAACGAGGAGAAACAGAAACUGUCCCAGUGCUCAAUGCCUAUCUGUCAAACCUCUCAGUGAAUAACUAGCUAACUAGCUAACUGCCAACAAGUUAACUAACUGCCAACUAGUGGGGUCAUGGGCUUUGAGGUUGCAAAUAUGCCAUUUAGCUAACGCCUUUAUCCAAAGCGACUUACAGUAGUGCAAAUUAUAGCGGACCAUGUUCAAUGAGAAAGAAAAGUUGUGUUUUUCUUUCUUUGCAUAAUGCUGUCAAGAAAAUGUAUUUUAUAACAUGCUUUACAGUACAGUAUGUCUGGCAUACAAGGUAUUUCUAUGUUUGCCUCUUUUUAAAAGGAUGUAGAUGAUACGGUAUCCUUUACUGUUAUGACUCAACCAUGUUCAUGGUGCAAACAAUCACUCUCGGAAUACGCUACAUGUUUUAUUCAAUUACAACAGACUUGUUUUCUUUCUUAAUGUGUUUUGUUCUCAAAAUUAAUAUUUUUUAUUUACAUAUUUUAUUGAUUCGAUUUUCAUCGAUUAAACAUUUAAAAAGUAAUUGGAUAUUAUGAAAUGUAUGUGUGUAGAGCAAGUAAUAUAAUCUUAUUCUUAAAUGGGUGACAUGUUUUUUAUGUCUUUGAUACAAAGAUCUCAAAUGGUAUUAGCUACCAAGCUCAUUAUUAGUUAACAAGUUCACAGUUGAGGGCUGUUUGUGGGCUCCCAUGCUACCAUAGAGUUAAAGCAGUUAUUACAUGGACUGUAUUAUAGCAUAAGAGUCAAAAGGCACUGUUUAACAGAUAUUUCCAAACAUAGUAAAAUAGUUUGAAUUACUUUACUUCAGAACAUAAUAAACUCAGCAGUGUUACAAAUAUCCCCUGUUAUAAAAUGCACAGUUCAGGCCAGUCUAUCCCUGCCAUAAUACAGACUGAUACUCUAUGGCUUCUUUUGUUGCUUCAAAGCCAGCCAGGAUAUUAUUUUGGAGCUUUUAAACUGUACUUAAAACUGUAUAUUGUUUACACGUACUUCUGUCUACUGGAUAUACUAAGAAAUAUAAUAUUUCUCGUUCUUUACUUGCCCUUCUUCAGAAGACAAGGACACUUUGAUCCUUUUAUAUGUCAAACUAAUGUAUUCAUACAAAAGUGAACAUCAUUUCAUAGCAGCGUAUUUUACUGUAUUGAUACCGACUAUGUUGUAAAUGUUUAGGAGAUCUGCCUAUUCUUUUUUGAUGUGACGUUGAAUAAAUAAUGCAUUAAAUUGAAUGUAAACAAUAAAUAUAUGUUGCUGUGGG